AUGGUGCGGUGGUUCCACAGAGACAUCACUGGCCUGGAGGCCGAGGAGCUGCUCAAAACCAAUGGGAUCCACGGCAGUUUUCUGGCUCGUCCCAGUAAGAAAGUGAGCGGAGACUUCUCGCUCUCAGUCAGAGUGGGUGACGGGGUGACCCACAUCCGAAUCCAGAACACAGGGGAUUACUAUGACCUGUACGGUGGGGAGACGUUCGCCACUCUGUCGGAGCUGGUGGAUUAUUACACCGCCGACAACGGGAUCCUGCAGGACCGAGACGGGACCCUCAUCGAACUCAAAUACCCCCUCAACUGCUCCGACCCGACCACCGAGAGGUGGUACCACGGACACCUGUCAGGGCCAAAUGCAGAGAAGCUGCUGAUUGCGCGGGAUGAUCCGGGCACGUUCUUGGUGAGAGAGUCUCUGUCCAAACCCGGAGAGUUUGUUCUGUCGGUGUUGACAGACGAGAGCGGCAAGCACGGAGCCAAGAGGGUGUCCCACAUCAAGAUCAUGCUCCAGAAUGAGCGUUACACUGUGGGAGGGUCCGAGUCGUUUGAAACACUCGCAGAGCUGGUGGAGUCCUACAAACGUAAAGGCAUAGAGGAGGCGUCUGGAACCUGGGUGCACCUCAUACAGCCGUACUAUUCGACCCGUGUGAUUGCGGCAGACAUCGACAGCCGUGUGAAGCUGCUGGAUGAGACUGCGCAGACCCAGCAGGACGAGAAGAGCAAAGCAGGAUUCUGGGAGGAGUUUGACACGCUGCAAAAGCUGGAGGCAAAGGUGAAGAAGAGCCGCGAGGAGGGACAGCGGCCUGAGAACAAGAGCAAAAACAGAUACAAGAACAUCCUUCCAUUCAAUGACACCAGGGUCAUUCUGCAGAGCGCAGACCCCAACGUAGUCGGCUCUGACUACAUCAACGCCAACUAUGUCAGAAACACCAUGCGAGAACCAUGUGGGGACCAGAAACGAUACAUCGCAACGCAAGGCUGCCUCGCCACCACCGUCAACGACUUCUGGCAGAUGGUUUGGCAGGAAAACACCCGGGUGAUUGUCAUGACGACCAGAGAAGUCGAGAAGGGUCGGAAUAAAUGUGUACCAUACUGGCCGGACCCCAGCAGCUCCAAAGAGAUGGGCCCUUACCUCGUCACCAACGUGUCCGAACGAGAAGCCACUGAUUAUAAACUGAGAGUGUUGGAGAUAGCUUCGGUAGAAAAGCCUCAAAAGUCGCGGAGGAUUUGGCACUUCCAGUACCUGAGUUGGCCUGACCACGGGGUGCCGCAGGAGCCUGGAGGAGUGCUCAGCUUCCUGGAACAAGUGAACUCCAAACAGUCUGAAAACCCCAAGGCUGGGCCCAUGGUCAUCCACUGCAGCGCUGGAAUCGGCCGAACAGGAACCAUUGUGGUGAUUGACAUGAUCUUGGACACCAUCACGACUACAGGACUGGACUGUGACAUUGAUAUUUCCAGGGUCAUCCAGAUGGUCCGAGAGCAGCGGUCUGGCAUGGUUCAGACCGAGGCCCAGUAUAAGUUCAUUUACCUGGCUGUGUCCGAGUACAUCCAGUCCGCCAAGGUCACGACCACCGCCUACAUGGAAACUGAGACAGAAUAUGGAAACCUGCAGCUGAAGCACCAGCCGGCCUCCAGGAAGGUCUCCAAAAAUAAGGACGAUGUUUAUGAAAGUAUAUCAAAAGGAAAGAAAGACACCAAGAAACAAAAACCUGACAAGAAGAGCGGCUCUGUGAAGAAAAAAUAA